AUGUGCAAGGGCGAAAUCUCGGCUCUGGAAAACUCGGGUCGUCUUCCGGCCUCGGCCUACGCGGGCGCCACCAUGUACACGACCUUGUCGCCCUGCGACAUGUGUACUGGCGCCUGCAUCCUCUACAAGAUCGCCCGGGUAGUGAUAGGCGAGAACAAGACCUUCGUGGGCGGAGAGGAGUAUCUCAAGGCAAGAGGCGUCGAGGUCGUGGUGUUGGAGAAUGCCGAAUGUAUCGGGCUGAUGACGAGGUUUAUCGAGGAGAAACCGCAUGUGUGGAACGAGGAUAUUGGGGAGCAAUGA